CAAGUCAAGGUUUGGUGCCAGGCAAGGUUGGCACUUUCACGGUGCAGGAAUUUGGUGGCAUCCAGGCAGCAGAGGAGAUUCACUGGGGUCAGAGAGUGGGACUUGGAGCAGGUACACGAUGGCAACAGCAAUGCUGUGCACUCCAGGUGUCAAGUUAUGCAGACAGUGGUGUUCAGGAAAUAGUGCCAGAAGAGGAAGAGGCCAUACAUCACAAAGGCAUCAGCAUGAGGCAGCACAGGACACUUCUGGUUCGGAAGUGA